AUGAUUUCACCUUUACUAUCAAUAUUCGAUGCUAUCUUAUCCCAUAUUAAGAUUGAUCUGUGUUUCCAGAGCCAUGCUGUUUUAGCACUUCAGGAGGCUGCAGAGGCCUACCUUGUCCCCGAGACAUUACCAUAUGAGGUUCUAAUGAAAACGAGUACACCUCCAAGGAGUGAUGUACCUAUGAUCACACCUAGUAAUUUUCCCGAGGCUGAUGGCUUUGUAUUUGGCUUUCCCACAAGGUUCGAAAUGAUGGCUGCCCAAUUCAAAGCCUUUGUUGAUGCAACUAGAGGCCUAAGGAGAACACGACAGCUUGCUGGAAACCUGUUGGGAUCUUCUACAGAAUCUCAAGGAGGUGGACAAGAAACUACUGCGUAA